GUUUACAUCUGGUGUCGCACGGCACUGCUUAAAACGGUUCUACAGAUGACGUUCUGUCAAUCAAGGAGCAAGGUCAGUGUCAGGAGUCACAUGAUCAGUACAUGUUUUGUUUUUGCCCCCCGUUUAUUACUAUUUAAAAUCUUCUCAUUCUUUACUCUCUUUCUCUCUCUCCCUUUCUCUCACUGACUCUCCACUAUGUACCCUCUCUCUUUCUCUCUAUACCUGUCUCCCAUAUGUCUCCUCUCCCCUUCUCUCUCUUCCGUAUCUCACUCUCUCUCCUAUGUCUCCCUUUCUCCCUCUCUCUCACUCUCUCCCUAUGUCCCCAUCUCUCUCCCCUGCCCCCUCUUUCUCUAUUUUCCCUCACUCUCUCUCCCAUUUCCCCUCUUUUCCCAUCUCUCUAUUUCUUCAUUUUACUCUCUCAUUCUUCAUGUCUCUCUCUCUUCUUUCUCUCUGACUUCCCCUCUCUCUCUCUCUCUCUCUCUCUCUCUCUCUCUCUCUCUCUCUCUUCCUUUCUCUAUCUCUCUCUCUCAUCAUAUCUCUAUCUUCCCCCCUCUCUCUCUCUUUUCUCUCUCUCUCUCUCUCAUUUCCCCUCUUUUCCCCUCUCUCUCUCUCUUCAUUUUUCUCUCUCACUCUUCAUGUCUCUCUCUCUUCUUUCUCUCUCUCUCCCCCUCUCUCUCUCUCUCUCUCUCUCUCUCUCUCUCUCUCUCUCUCUUCCUUUCUCUAUCUCUCUCUCUCAUCAUAUCUCUAUCUUCCCCCCUCUCUCUCUCUUCUUUCUUUAUUUCUCUCUAUCUUCCUCUCUUUCUCCCCCCUCUCCCCUUCCCUUCCCCUCUCUCUCUCUCUCUCUCUCUCUCUGUGUGUUUCAGUCACCACUUCAUAUCCCAGAAGUCCCCACCACAGAGACCAUCUCUAAAUUCACUUUGACCAUAAAAACCCCCAAAAAUAUUGAAAAUCGUGAGGUACAGUUCAAGUUAGUUCCUUGGACUUUGGUCAGUGAACAUUUGGAUUUCAAUUAAAUGUUGAGUAGGGCCUAAUAAAACAUUUAUGUUAACUCUGAUUGGUAGUUCUUUAAACGACAUCGUCACAGUCCACUGCUGUUCAGUUGUUGUUAUUCUCAAAUUGAGGUGUGUGUCGUCACGAUGUUGCUAUUUAUCUGGACAAGAAUGUGGGUUGUUUUGCAGUUUAUAACUUGAGGAUUAGCUUUAACCCGUAAGACAGUGGUUCUCAACCUUCCUAAUGCUGCGACCCUUUAAUACAGUUGCUCGUGUUGUGGCGACCCCUGGCCACAAAAUAAUUUUCUUUGCUACUGCAUUAAUGUAGAGCAUAUGUGUUUUCAGAUGGUCUUAGGCGACCCCUUGGCAAGGGUCGUGCGACCCCCACAGGUUGAGAACCGCUGCCGUAAGACAUAUGGACACUCGCGGGAAUACCCGGUGUGAUCCUGCAGGACAGGGCUUCUCAAAUCUUUGGCAUAUUCAAUGCUAUUGCAUCGCCUAAAAGCUAAAACUAAUAUUUUGGAUGUUUAUGUUUAUUUUUACUAAUAAUACUAAGAAAUAAUUUUUAUUGAACAAUUUUUAAACCAAUUUUGUUUAAUUGAGCGAUCGUGUGUGUAAAUUGUAAAAGUAAUCAUUGUUCAUCAUUCCAGACAUGGGAGAACGGAUAAAUUCAACACACAUGGAUUACACAGGGCGGAUGAACUCGACACAUGACACAGGUGUGUACACUCUAAGAGUUGGCUGGCGAUGCGUAACAAGGUAUCCAUGGUGCUUUAAAAAAAAAUGAUUUGGUCUUUUUAUUAUACGGUUUGUCAUUUAAUGGCGAAAAUCUAUUAAUAGAACAUCCAGUCUCGCCAAUCUCAUUAAGAUAUUAAUAAAACGUGAAUGUGAGCCAGUAUCAUAGGUCUUAACCUAGACGAAUACGGGUUUAAAAAUUUAUUUUACAAAUAAUUUUAUAAGCAAGUUGUUACUGAUAUAUAUAUAUAUAAAAGUGAACGUUUGUUUGUGGGUUUGUUCCACAAAGGCUUUUACAAUGACGUUUCGGCUUGUCAGUAGACAAACAUGAAACAACAAAUAACCAGAAGGGAAAUAGCAAAAACUGACCAAUUAAUGCUAUGGGGGUUCCCCUGAGUUUCUGCGUUUGAGUGAACUCCCCUUUGAUUAUUCGCGUGUUGCUAUUAGAGUAAUAAACAUUAUCUUUGGUAUUAAUACGCUAUUGGAAUGUUGUUGUUUUUUAAAAUUGAUAUUUCAAAGCGAGGUUAAUUUAUUUACCGGCAUUUGAAAACGAGGUUCUCUGUUGUUUUUUUUUCUUUUAGGGCCAGAGACUGAUUUUUACAUUUUUAAAUUUUAUUCUGUUUUUUCUGUUGUUUGUUCGCUGACGAAGGCUUCCUGUCGAAACGUUCGUUGUUUUGUUGCAUUCUUUUUUUACAGGUUUGGCCUCAAUUUGUUUUACUCAUUUCCUAACCGAUUGCAGUCUCUCCCCUUAGUACCAUUUUAUGACCACGUCUGGGAUGAUGGUCGUGUAAACAAAAAAAAAACAAAAAAAAAUAAUAAAAAUAAAUAAAAAAUAAAGUUCCUAAGCAGGGGAAAAGAGGGGACCCGUAUAUCUUAAAUUUGCCCCAAAAAACCUAUGUGUUAUAAAAUCUUAAUGAAGUCAACGUAGCUUUAUUUUCAGAACCGUAAGCGACUUCAAAAACGUUCUGUUGAUUGUCCUGUUGAUUGUCCUGUUGAUUGUCCUGUUGAUUGUCGUGUUGAUUGUCCUUUCUGUUCAUUUCAAGCACAGACCUAUAUUGUUACACUAUUUCCUUCGCGUGGCUUGAAGUCAGUCCCUCAUGAAAAUCAAGAUAUCUUUUUUUUUUCUUCUUUUUUUUGGUGCGAAAAAUAGUGGCGUGAAAAUCAAUGCACUCUGUGAGUGCGCAAAAGAAAGCACAUAAUCUGUGUUGAUGUCUCUGUUCAAGUUUUGAAAGGAAGUGGGGUGUGUGUGUGUGUUGUCUUGUUCUGCUAACCCAUGUCUGAGAACUCUGUUGUAAUCUGUCUGAAUGUUUCAAUGCCUGAUGUCACGUCCCUCUCUAGGGGUCAUUAAGAUGUGGGCAUCUGACGUCAGCACUCUAAGGACUUUAGGUAGGCUCACAAGGUACUUUUUUUUAGCAGUGGGCUGGCGGGCAUGGGUGGGCUGGAAAGCUACAAGGCUGUACCGUAGAUAGGUUAUGUAGAUUUGUAGCUUUCCAGCCCACCCAUGCCCGCCAGCCCACUGCUAAAAAAAAGUACCUUGUGAGCCUACCUAAAGUCCUUAGAGUGCUGACGUCAGAUGCCCACAUCUUAAUGACCCCUAGAGAGGGACGUGACAUCAGGCANGGGGGGGGGGGCGUUAAAGACAGAAGAUGUCACUGUUAUAAACGUUAAUGGUUUAAUAGUGAUUUUUUUUUUUAGAUUAAAUGCUAAUUAGUUUUAAUUUUGAAAACAAUUUUUUUUUAAAGUUUGAAGGUGUGGCGUAAUUUAAGGGGUUGGAUUGGGUUUUUCUGAGAUUUUUGACAGAUUGUGACAGGGAGGAGGGAGGGGGUAAAAAAUGUAGAAAUUUAGCGUGACGUCCCUUGUCAUUAUUUUGAUCCUGAAAUCCGUUAUCGUAAUUGACCGGAUAUGUAGUCGUGGAUUACAGGAAUGUGAAUCGUAAUAUAACGGUAUCAGAAUCACAAAGUGACGACAUCAAAAUCGUAAUUGAUUUGCAGACUGCACCAUUUCAGUGUUACUUUAAUUUGAUCUGUGGCCCCCCCUCGUAUUUCAGCUCUAGCGGCGAUAAUCCUGGCGUCCAUCAGCACAUCUCUGACACUGGUUAUCAUCAUCUACUGGAUAUGCUGUCAGGUUCGGAUGAGGAGGGCGGCUGCUAGGAGAAAAGACGUCCCGUUGGGUAAACAUGUUUGUCUUUAUAGAUAUCUUUAUACGAAUAAGCUCAGCGGGUCACGGCCUUUGCACAAGGUAAAGAAAACAUUAAUUCUUUUCAAAGCUGAAGAUUUCCUUUCACAAGGUUUGAAAACAUAAGGCGCCAACGACACUUCAACAUAAUCCGUUUUUAAUUUUAAAAAAAGAUUACGUAUUUCAAUAGCUUUGACUCAAAUAAAUCUAACUCAUGAGAACAUACUCAAUCGAUAGAUCUUUUCACAUAGACAAUCUAUUGAUCUCUCCCAUAGACACAAUCCAUCAAUCUCUCCCCAGACACAAUCUAACGAUCUCUCCCCCAGACACAAUCCACCGAUCUCUCCCCAGACACAAUCCAUCAAUCUCUCUCCAGACACAAUCUAUCGAUCUCUCCCCUACACACAAUCUAUCGAUCUCUCCCCCAGACACAAUCCACCGAUCUCUCCCCAGACACAAUCCAUCAAUCUCUCCCCAGUCACAAUCUAUCGAUCUCUCCUUAGUCACAAUCUAUCGAUCUCCCUUCAGGGACAAUCUAUCGAUCUCUCCUCAGUAACAAUCUAUCGAUCUCCCCUCAGUCACAAUCUAUCGAUCUCUCCUCAGACACAAUCUAUCGAUCUCCCCUCAGACACAAUCUAUCGAUCUCUCCUCAGACACAAUCUAUCGACCUUUCCUCAGACACAAUCUAUCGAUCUCUCCUCAGACACAAUCUACCGAUCUCUCCUCAGACACAAUCUAUCGAUCUCUCCUCAGACACAAUCUAUUGAUUUCUCCUCAGACACAGUCUAUCGAUCUCCACUCAGACACACUCCCUCACCGAUAUCUCCCCCAAACACAAUCUAUCGAUCUCUACCCUAGACACAAUCUAUCGAUCUCUCCUCAGACAUCAAACGGUCAGUCGUGGAACACGAGCACCUCAUCAACAACCUGACCGUCAAGCUGAGAGACGCCGUCAAGGAUUUGGACCGGAAACUGGAGGACAUGGGGUCACCAGUGGACGUUGCAGGUCAGUUGUAAAUAAAUAAAAUCCAUGGGUCUCGUCAAGCUGCCGAUAUUUGUAUUGCAAAUGAAUAGCCCUUGCCUCUUCAAUUUAACUUUUUUUUUUAAUACAUUACGCUAAUGUUACACUAUUGUUAAAGGCUGAUGUCUAAUUUGUCCAAAAUGAUGGAUUAAUGACUUUCAAAGGUGUCAGAAAGUCAGUUCAAAAUGAACUUGGGCAUAUACGUAUACCAGUUUGGUUAGAAAAACUAUAUAAAUAUAUUAUAUAUAUAUAUAUAUAUAUAUAUAUAUAUAUAUAUAUAUAUAUAUUAUUUUUUCUAUUUUUCUGUCAUUCGCCCGUCACAAUGUGACGAUGGUGAGGACUUCGCAGGACGAAAUCCACAACACAAGGCCUUGGAUUAUUCUUCUAGGAUUAUUGAACUCCAGACCACCAACUUGAGAUCUGCUCAGUUGAGGCCCCUCGCCCCCCCCCCCCAGCACCCGCAUCAUAUAAAUAUAUUUUAUAUAUCCACACAUAAUAAUUUUUAAUUACAGAUUUGAGGCUAAAAUCUGAUGCAAUGGAGCGACUUUUGAAUGAAAAACUGUCGCAAAAUAAUCUGUCG